CCGGGUCCUCCCCGAGUGCCUCUUCUCACCAACAGCUAACGGUAGCUAGCAAGCUGUCAAGUGGAGAGGCUGGGGCAGACGUUUCUGCUCCCCCUGGCUUGGCUUCCCAGAGCCUCACGAAAACAAAAACGCUAAUCUAUUCCUCGCGAUCGCCUCCUGAGAUAAUGUAACGCAUCAAGGUCGUACCCAAAGAGAAACCUCCGCUCAAACGCAAUUUCUAUGCACUGGGUCUUGUGUGACGAUUGCUCUUUGCUAGUCGGCUAAGCUACCCGAGCCUAAACCCAGUCAAAGCUCACUUUCGUCGCUGGACGUGAGACUUCCCGUCCCGGUGUGAACACGAGCGUUGGUCAUCGCCUCGACGUCUGUUGCUAGUAACCACUAUUUUGGACAUUCGGUUUCAAGAGGGACAUAAUGGGGGCAUUUCUGGACAAACCAAAGAUGGAAAAAUACAAUUCCCAUGGUGAGGGUAACAGCCUGCGUUUUGGGCUGAGCAGUAUGCAGGGCUGGCGGGUAGAAAUGGAAGAUGCGCACACGGCAGUAAUUGGCUUGCCUCACGGUCUCGACCCCUGGUCAUUUUUUGCUGUUUAUGACGGGCAUGCCGGCUCUCAGGUGGCCAAGUAUUGCUGCGAGCACCUGUUGGAGCACAUCACCAGCAACUCAGACUUCCAGAGUGCUCUGCAGGAGGAUCCCUCUGUGGAAAGUGUGAAGAACGGCAUUCGCACAGGUUUCCUCGAGAUCGACGAUCACAUGCGAACCAUCUCAGAGAAAAAGCACGGCGUGGACCGAAGUGGCUCUACCGCAGUUGGCGUGAUGAUAUCACCGAGCCACGUCUACUUUAUUAACUGUGGCGACUCGCGAGGACUCCUUAGCCGUGGGGGUGCUGUGCACUUCUUCACGCAGGAUCACAAACCCAGCAACCCUCUGGAGAAGGAGAGGAUCCUGAAUGCCGGUGGCUCAGUCAUGAUACAGCGAGUUAACGGCUCCCUGGCUGUCUCUCGGGCCCUCGGAGAUUUCGACUACAAGUGUGUGCAUGGGAAAGGCCCGACAGAGCAGCUCGUCUCUCCUGAGCCUGAAGUUUAUGCAAUCGAGAGAUGCGAAGGGGAUGAUGAAUUUAUAAUUCUUGCUUGUGAUGGCAUCUGGGAUGUCAUGGCCAAUGAAGAACUCUGUGACUUUGUCCGGUCACGGCUAGAAGUCACGGAUGAUCUUGAAAGAGUCAGCAAUGAAAUUGUUGACACUUGCCUGUACAAGGGUAGUCGAGACAACAUGAGUGUUGUUUUAAUCUGUUUUCCUGGUGCUCCAAAAGUUUCUUCAGAAGCAGUAAAACGAGAAGCCGAAUUGGAUAAAUAUCUGGAGUCAAGAGUAGAAGACAUCCUCAAAAAGCAAGGAGAUGAAGGCGUACCAGACUUGGUCCACGUUAUGAGGACGUUGGCAUCUGAGAGCAUCCCCAACCUCCCUCCCGGGGGAGAGCUUGCAAGCAAACGAAGUGUUAUUGAAGCUGUGUACAACAAACUCAACCCCUACCGAAGUGAUGACACAGACUCGGCGUCCACAGAUGACAUGUGGUAACGCAGCGUCGUGCCAUUAACCAAGCAUACCGUUUACAAACCACCAUCCUCUUCAAGACCCACAGCAGCUCAGCCCAGCUCAGCAGUCUGUCUUGUCGUCACUCUGAGCUUUUGGUUUCUAAGAAGGGAAUUUCAUGGGAGGAGAAGGAGGAAGAGGAAGAGGAGUUGCAUGCACACAAACGUGGAGAUAGUGCAGCGCCAGUCCACUCUGGAGUUAAGGACCACCCCGCCCCCUCCAACUUCCCCACCUAACGUUGUGUCUCCCCUUUAUGUUCACCCAUCCUAAUACUUCCCUUCUAAAGUCAAACAUAACAAAUUAAUCCACAUGGCUUUCUUACUAGAGGUAAGAUCGGGCCAAAAAAAUCCAGCCCGGCCCGCUGGUAUUUAAGCCCGACCCGUCCCGAGCCCGAAGCAAACCCGCAAUUUCCUAUUUUAUUUGUGGUGACUUUGGAGGAGGAGGGGUGAUUUGUGAUUACAUAUUAAAGCCCGUCUUUUGUCAGGAAAUCUAAGAUAAACAAGUCUGUAUAAAUAUUUACAUCUUUUAAACAUGUAUUUCUGUUUCUGCAGAGAGUACAUUAACCGGCAAUUUUCCAUCAUUGAGGGAAUUUUUUUUAAGAGUUGUAGGACAAAUUUUUAGUCCGUCCAUCAUUUUGACGGUUUGAAAAUUGGGCCAUUAACCACAGCAGCAGUACAUCCUUAAGAAUCUAGCGUGGCACUUUAGGAGAGAGAAGCAGAGAGACAAAGAAAAACAAUGACGGCUGGAUAUUAGACGGAGACAGGAAGGAGUUCUUUGAAUUGUCAUUGCAAGAGUUUAGUUCAGUUCGCGUUGUGAUGAGGCCACUUUUAUUAUUUUUUUUUUUUUUGCGAACCCCGGUCUCAUGGCCAAAACUAUUGACAGCCUCGAAACAAACAAAAAAAAAAAAGUCAGCGAGAGAGAAGCCCAGCCCGACCCGAACCCGAAGCAAUGAUUGACAUUUUAGGACUGUCGGGGCUCGCACCGCCCGAUCUUACCUCUAUUUCUUACCCCCCAAUAAUCAGUUUAUGUAGUAGGUUUGUUUGGGUUUUUUUCUGUUGUUGUUGCUGUAAUUAAUUUGAUUCACAUUUCCUUGUGUGCGUUUGUAUAUUUCUGUUUUUGUGAAGUGCAAUUGUCCUGUACAAACAGCCUGUAUUUAAUGCAGCUUGAUUAAGUUAAAAAAGAAAAAGAAAAAGAAAACCUUUUUAUGCACUAUUUGCCUUUUCCUGCUCUUCUGGAAUUUUAACCCAUUUCUACAUAGUGAAUAUUACUGCUUGUUCUCCGGGCACGAUGCCUCCACGCUUUUACUUUUCCUCUCUCCUCAGUUGGUCUAUGCUCCUUAAAGAAACGGGUAAAUUGUAUAGUUGACAGCACAGUAAGCUCUAUAUCAAAACCAUUUACCUACCACCCUAAUUAUCCCCUCCACGUGCUUUUUGGAAAAAAAACAAAAAAUGCAUUUUAUUUUUGUAUGCAUUUUUUUCUGUACAUGCUCCAAUAAUAACGGCAAAGUGUCAUUUUAAAACAAAAGCCACCUGUUUGACUAGAUACUUGCAAGUGUGCUUGGGUGCUCGUGUGUAUGUACGCGCACGCGCAUCCUUGUUCGUCACACGCUUCACACACACUAGGCUGUUUUUUGGGGGGUAGGUGGGGGGGGGGGUUACAAAGCUUUGGUGUGCCCUUUCCAUAUCACAUUCGUAUUCAGAGUGUGAUUUGUGCAUGCUCUUUCUGAACAAUUUGACAUUUAUUAAACCAAGUUUUAUUGUUUGUCCCAAGGACACAAUCCGUCUGUUUCGUGGAUGUCUUUCACAAGUCGUACAGUGGUUAGAUUUUUUUUUUCCUAACCACGUUCUUUCAGCUUUAUGCCAACCGUGUGUGCGCGCGUGUGCGCGCAAGCUGUUCUCUUUCUAACUUUUGUGUGGCACAACCGUUGACAUCCCAACUUUUUAAAGAUGUGUCCUCUCCCACUGACCUGGUGAGUGGGGGCGUAUCUUAAAGAUGAUAUUGUAAUUGGACUGAUGUAAACACUUGAGCACUGAUUAUUUUAUGGUGUGACCUCAUAGGAUCAACUGUUGGCUCAAAUACUUUAAAGGCUGUCUUUUUUUUCCUCCUUUUUUUGGUGGGGGUGGGGGAUUGGGGGGGCAUUCAUACCAAGAACAAAUCCGCUGAUUGUAAAGUGUCGCUAUGGUUGUGGACAGCAUCUUUUUUUUCUGUUUGUUUUUCUGUGCGCCCAAGCCAGGCAGGCCACACGGUCUAGUUUGCUGCUAGCGCCAAUGAUUUGUGUGUGUUAACCUCUUGUAUCACACCCCCAGCGACCUGCUUCGUCAUUGACUAUUUUGUUUUCCCCACUCACAAGGCAGAUACAUUUCUUCAAGAGGAAAGGUCUUUAUUUCUCCUUCAUUUUCUGCUAUUUUAUGCUCUAAAAUUGCAUUGUGGAAAUUAAUGUAUGUAUAUAUUUUUGACUAUUAACAUUCAAGGAAUAAAUAUGUUGUUUGAGUUAGAUUUUUUUCUUUUCUCUGCGGACAAAAUGGAAUUCUGCUUUGUCUUGGGGUCCUUUUUAGUUUCGUUUGUAAAACUACUAUUGGAAUCCUUCCUUUCAUACGGUGAUCUCCGGUUUUCAGGCAGUUCCAGUGUCAUAGUAAUAAGAUACAAAAAAUUUCUUUCAAAAUGACAAUCCUAACUCCACCUUGCUUGUCGUGGGUCGCAUAUUCUUUGACUCAAUUCCUACCCGACCCACUUUCUAACCUGCUGUGGUGGCAUUAUGGCCCCCCCCCCCCCAAAAAGCCCAUGUGACGGAAAUCUCACCAUAUUUUUUUGCCCACUAGUGGUGCUGUAGAGUCCAUGUUGAAGCAGCUACGUAGCUUACCGUCAUGUGCAUCGAUGUCAACAACCACACAGGGUACAAUUUUAAGGUUCAACAACAACAACAACAACAACAACAACAAAGACUAAUGCAGCAAGCUAUUGUGGAUGUUAAAUACUGUAGUGUGAUGAACUAUGGCUGGAAGUGAAUUGACCUGAAAGACAAAGAUGAUGAUGAAAACAAUUGUUGCACGUAAGCAACAUGGUUUAAAGUUUGUGAAUAAUUCUGAUCAAGUGGUGGCUCAGUAAACUAUAAAUAUCCUAUUGCGUGUGUGUACGCGUGUGAGCAAAUAACACACAUUUUAAAAAGAUGGAGUAAAAGAAUUAAAGACUUACAAUCAUGACUUUGGGUGUUUGAAUGCAAUGUUUUCAGAUUUACACGAGAAUAUCCAUUUAUUUGGUAGCUCCUCAUUGACAUUUCAUUGAGAAACGUUCAUGACAUUUGUGUUGUCUGGGGGGUUUUUUUGUUUUUGUUUUUGUUUUUCACCUGAUAUAAGUUGGGAAGAAAAAAAAAGAAUUCCACCUCCUUUUCUGUCCGCUCUUGCCACUGAGAAACCUUUGGGUUUGCUGAUUUGUAAUGAAAGAAUAACAAAGUGACUGUAUUCAGUAUCGCUCGUGUUGGAAUUAGUUUUGAAGAGACUUGGCCAUGAUACCUUUAACAAAAAAAAAAGUGUUUAGCUUCAUUACGCUUGUCAACUUUCCAUCACAUGGCUUUCACUCCCAAAGCCCCAUCACAAUUUUACCCCCACCCCCCCCAAACUAAAUCCCGUUUCAUUGACCAGAAACUGAAAAUACCUCAUUUACCUUCAUUCAUUGUUUUUGUAUUUUAUUCUCUUGCAAAAAGCAUUUGAUGUGUGUAGUUACGAAAAAAAAAAGAUUUGGAUGACGAGUAAAACUUUCAAACAAGUCCAGAUAUAAGAACACGAAUGAUGUUAAUUUGAAACCACCUGAGCAGGGUUCCCAAGGGUCCUUAAAGUUCAUAAAAAAGAAGUUGUAAAAUUAUGUUCUUAAAUGUCCUUAAUUUUCAGGAAAAGCUUCUAAAAUCAAUUAAAAUCCUUACAAAUUAACCCGUGGUGUUCAUUUCAUUUGUGUAUGUCAUUUUCCCCAUCCUUCCAAUUAAUAGUCAGAAAAUGCGCCUUUGCCCUCAAACCCCGCUGUCGGGCUACAUGCCUUCCUGGUUCCUGCCCUGCUUGUACCGCCGUCUCCCGAUCACUUCCAGUGACGAUCACGUGAUCACUUUGGGUCAUUUCGCGCCAAUAGCUGAUUGCCCCUAAAAAUAAAAAUGUGCCCUUCCUUUGGCAGCAAUGAUUUGAACAUCAGCUCAGUGAUAUGUGGCUUUCUGUUCAUUAAAUCCACCGUGAAUCCCCUGCUUAAUGGAGAAAAAAAAUCCUUAAAAAUGGCUAAAUUAGCCCUCAAAAGUCCUUAAACGGCCCAUAAAUAAAGCAUGUGGAAGCGUGGGAACCCUGCUAAGUGACAUUAAUCUCCGAUGUUGGGACACUCACAAAUUUUCAGUAGUAUCCAGCGUUAGAGGUUCAACUUCAUACCAAAGUGUUCGGGUCACACUGAAAACAGAGUACUUGACAGAAGAAUAUUACAAAAGGAAACAUAGGUGGAAAAAGAUUUAUUACGAUUUGUAAAGAGCCCCCCCCCCCCA